AUGAGCUAUCUUGAAUCCAGAGAGAGGAAGCACAUUCCUGAGACAGCAGCAGCCCUGUUCUCCUCCAGGGAAUUCUAUCGGCAGCUUGUGGCUAACUUGGAGUUGAUGGCAAACUGGUACAACAAAGUUAUGAAAACCCUGCUAGAGGUGGAAUUUCCAUUAGUGGAGGAAGAGCUGCAAAAUAUUGAUCUCUGCCUGAGAGCUGCAGAGGAGACUCUGAACUGGAAAACAGAAGAUUCCAGAUGCAGGACUCUUUUGAGUAUUACUUGUAGCCCUACAAGUAAUGUGCUGGUUUCAGUGCUGAAAGAAAUGAGCUAUCUUGAAUCCAGAGAGAGGAAGCACAUUCCUGAGACAGCAGCAGCCCUGUUCUCCUCCAGGGAAUUCUAUCGGCAGCUUGUGGCUAACUUGGAGUUGAUGGCAAACUGGUACAACAAAGUUAUGAAAACCCUGCUAGAGGUGGAAUUUCCAUUAGUGGAGGAAGAGCUGCAAAAUAUUGAUCUCUGCCUGAGAGCUGCAGAGGAGACUCUGAACUGGAAAACAGAAGGCAUUUGGGAUUAUGUCAUUCAAAUCACCAAUAGUAUUCAUGAUCUUGAAGAAAGAAUUCAGAAAACUAAAGACAAUGUGGAAGAGAUUCAAAACAUUAUGAAAGCCUGGGUGACUCCAAUAUUUAAGAGAAAAGAUGGAAAAAGGGAAAGCCUUCUCUCUCUGGAUGACCAGCAUGAUCAAAUGGAAAAAUAUUACAGUCUCAUCAAAGAAUCUGGCCUUAAGAUUCAUGCCCUUGUUCAGGUAAUAACCAACCUCUUAGACACAUAUACCGUGAGUAUAGGAAAAGCGUCAAGAAGUAUUUGGGUGCAAGAAGUGAUUUGAAAAUUAGAACCAUCAAUAGAUGCUGUGUCUUCUGCAGUCAAGGAUAGAAGUUUACACUGAAUAGAAGUUUAUACUGAUAGAAGAUUAGUUCUUUUUAGCAAAAGAACUAAAGCUAACAGAUGAGGGGAGUGAAAAGUCACAUUUUGGUAUCAGUGUGUCAAAAUUAAUACUGUUUUGAUAGUGACACCACUUGGUUGUCUCAUGACUUAAGUCUCACACCUAACCCUGUUGGGGAAAGGAGGGUAAAAAGAGAUGCCAGGGACAGAAUCCUAAACUAUCCACUACACUAACCACCCCCACCCCCAAAUCACCCACACAACCUAGUGUGGUGCUUGACCAUCAUCCUUACUACCUAUCUCUAUAGAGCCCAAACAGGUAAAAGAUUACCAUGGCAUCCCUAACUGCACUUCAUGGAGUAAGGUACAAAGCUGUGGUCAGGGCGACUUCCUGUCCUAUUAUCAAAGACUAAAGCUUCCUUGUGAACAGUGGAAAAGGGUCAUAAAUGGCCACCAGCUCCAACCCUACUGAAUUAGCCAUAGGGCAGUGUCUGACAGAUUAAAUUCAGGAAAGAAUCACAGUUAUUACCUAUGGAUUAUCUGUGGUUUUAAGCAUAAUAAACACAUUGAACCUUAAGCAUUAAUGAUGACUCAUUAAGUGAAGGAGACAAUUGCACAAAUUUUGGCUUUGAGAGAUAAAGAAUCUCUGAACCUGAUUUAUUUUUUAACCCCUCCUGGCCCCAUAUCCAGUAAUUAAGUAGCUAGUGUAGAUCCCAGACACUGACUUUUCAUACAGAUUUCUUUCACCCACCCAUUCAUUCAUCCACUCAUCCAUCCAUUUACCCAUCCCUCCACCCAUCCAUCAGCUGUGUUUCCAUAACUAUCCUAGGCUCUAUAUUGAUUAUCAAGAAAAUGUGAGCUACAGUUCCUGCUUUGAAGUAGAAAAAAAACAACUGACAAAAAUAAGAAACUACUUAAGAUUUUAAAAGUUUAAAAACUAUGUAUGUAUGUAUCCAUUUAUCCAUCUAUCUAUGUGAUAACAAAUGCUCAAAUGCAUGCUCUUGAAAGUCAGAAUGAGAAAGUUUAGAGAAUUAAAUUGCCUAAUCAGUGAGACAAGCACAGUGACCUAGAAAAAAAAUACGUAUUAUAACAUUAUAGUUAUCCAGGUGUCAAGCAGGAAAUAACCAUGUCCUCAAGCCAAAAUACUUGCCACAAAUAUUACUCUAAAAGUUCAGAUGCUUUAAUAAUAACUCCUAUUACAACACAAUAAUAGUAGUUCACUACUAUUAUUUAGCCUUAUAUUAUGUUUACAUUUUAAUAAUUUAAAUAUUUUUAAAUAAAAACCACUGAAGGGAUUUUUGUCUUUUUCUGCUCUUUGGUGUAUAGUAGGUGCUGAAUGUGUUGAUUAAAAGAAUUAAACCUUCUGAUCAUUUUCUAUCUAUCUACACAUAAUUUUACAAAAAUGGUAUCAGUAUACAUUAUAGUUCUAUAAUUUGAUUUUUUCAAACAAUGUAUACUCAAUAACUGUUUAUUUCACUUAUUAUCCUUCUAUAAUAUCAUGUGUAGUGUUUAACUGCAUACGCCAUGAUUUGACUAACUCAUAGAUAUUUGACUAAUUGUUGGAUAUUUAGGUAAAGUGGGUUAUUCCUUUAUUAUGGAUGUAGUAUAUAACAUAUACAGUACAAUGUACAGGUAUUAAGUAUACGUAGAGUUCAGUGAGCUUUUACAAAUGUAUACAGUCAGGUAACUACCGCAGUAUAGAACGUUGCCAUCAGUUUAGAAAGUUCACCUGUCCCCCUCUUCAGUCAAUCCCCCCUCCUCCCACCAGCCCAGUCAAUCCCUGACCA